GUAAAUGAGUAUGUUUUGAAGGAAAAUUCCCCCUUUUGUGUGCUCUUUCCCGAACCAGCUGCUAGGAACUACAUCUCCCUGCAUGCAGUGCGGUUAUUUGAAUAAACCAUCUUUCCCAGCAUGCCCCGCAUCUCUCGUUUCUUUUACUGCUGCAAUUUAGACAGGCUUUUGGUAAACCUUGCAUUGUUUCCUUGAAGUCGCGAUACGUGAUUAUAGCUCGAAAACAAAAAAGUGCCUCCUGUAUAAGACUCUAAGAAACACGGAUGCGUUGGUGAAAAGGAGUCGUUGGGUCCUUACGGGGCGUAAAAGGAACCGAACUCAAAAGUAAGCUGUGGAAGAGUGUCCGACGGCGGGCCGCUGUGGCCGACCCGGCGCUUUCUCGCUCCUUCCGGACUCGGCUGACCCUCCUCAGCCCCCGUAGAUCGUGAGGUGCACGGAGCCUGUCAAGAUGGAGGUGAAUCCACCCAAACAGGAGCACCUGCUGGCACUGAAAGAGUACCCGGAUUACUGCAGAAUGACCACAGAAGUAGUGUUACAUUACCGACCAUAUGAGAGUGAUCCCACACAGCUGGCAAAACUGAUAGAAAAAGCAAUUCACGACUUUCCUGCUCGUCCGCUCCCAAGAUUUGUCCCUUGGUUUCCACCUGACAGGACUAAACUUGCACUUAAACCCAAGAGAUCACCGCCUGUGAUUUCUGAAGAGGCUGCUGAAGAUGUGAAACGUCAUCUAGCCCCUUUAGGACGUGAUGUUACAUCACAGAGUUAUGAUUGCACUGUAGAUCUAUUGGAGUUUCAACCUAACAUGAAAAUAAAGACGCAUUUCAUCCGGUCCCACUCACUGGAUGAAGAGACUCAUUCUGGAAAUCUGGAUAAACAAUCAGCAAAAGAAAAACAGGUCUUCAGGAGGUCUUGGAGUAUUUCCCUUCCCAGCAGUAAUUGCACUGAAAAGAGUUUUCCUUUAUCUAAAAACUUGCAAGAUUGUUUAAAGGCACUCAAUCUGCAUUCGUUUUAUAGAGCACGGUGGACAAUAGAGCCGACUGUUUGUGACAGCCAAACUCUGGAAGUCAUUUGGGCAAAACUCAGUCGACUAGUUAGGCACAAUGAGCUUCCAUCUUGUAAUGCUACAAUUCAGAGACACUUAGGCCAGAUAUGGGUAUUCUGUGAUAUUAUGUACUGUGAAUAUGUGGGAAAUCUUCUGAAAGCAAGAUUAGCUCUUACUGGAAAAAUGAAUUUAUUUGUGCAUAAAUUCGGGGUGAUUUUUAGCCUGUAGUAAAUUUUGCUAAUUGUAAAAAAAAGGUUAUUAUGUAUGAACUGAGUAUAAAUUUAAAUAUUUAUGUGACUGCUAAUUUUUAAAUGUUUAAUGCCUUUUUAAAUUUUGUUUAUGACUCUUCAUUAAGAUAACCUAGUUAUCCUUAACACUGGUGGGAGGGGAGUAGAUUGUGUGUAGAUGUAUUUAUCUUCAAAAUAUAUGCUGUAAAAACAGGCAUUUUUUUACCCUGCAAAAAAGAAAUGCACUAUGUCAGAACUGUCUUACUUAAUUUUUUCAUUUCCAAGAGUUAUACAAAGGGGCAUCAAAAAAGUUUGUGAAAAAAACCAUGACUUUUUACAUACAUUUUUCCGCAAACUUCUUGAAGCCAGCUCAGUAUUUCUGUAGGAAUAUAGUAAGAAUAUGGUGGAUUCUCUCCUCAUUAGCAGCCUUCUUUUACAUAAGUUGUGAUAAAUUCCUGUUUAAGCUGUUUCUGCUUUUGUUACUUUUCCAUUCAUUAAAUUAAUAAAUAAAUUAAGGUAAAUAGUUUGGAUUUUGGCAAAUCUUCCAAAUUUCAUUUUACUAUAAUUUUUUUUCUCUAUUCAAGCAUAAUGGUUAUUUUAAUCAGCAAAAUUCACUACCAUGCUACUCAAGCGACAUGAAUGUAUUUCUAAGUAAUGGACCAACCCAGAUUCUUACUGUUGUUUAUGAAUACAGGUAAUAAAUAACAGUUUAUAUAGUGUUUGGAAAUAAGGUACAGAAAAUAUGGCUUGCUCAAGAUUUGAUCUUAGUGAAAGUUAAUUUUGAGUUGGAGUCUUGGUUGGAGUCACUAUGGGAUUUACUCUUGUUUCCUGGAAGCACCAGAAUGUUACCAACUGGAGAGAGAUAUCACCAUGCAAAACUGCCCAAAGUAAUUAUAAUAAACCGUUG